UAAGACUAGGAAAGAGAAGUAGUAUUAUUGUGCUUUACGCCAUUCUUUUGACUCCUUAAUCGGAGGUAAAUAUAACCUAUUUUUGAUACUACAAAUACACGAUGAGUAAAUACAGAAGGAAAGAAUCCUCGAGCGAGGACAGCGACAGCGAAGAGGAAAGACGUAAAAAGGAUAUCAAAGAAAGAGACGAGUUUGCUAAUAGGUUAAAAGCGAAAGAUGAAAGUAAAAUUCGAAGAGUGGCUAUGCCAGCUGGUUCAGGAGCAGCCGAAGCUGCCAAAAGACUCAAACUUAUGGAAACAGAUAUGCGAGAGAAACUGGUGCCCAAAUUGCGUGUCGAAUCUCGCCGCAAAUACCUGGAGAAGCGCAAAGAGGAUAAAGUUGCUGAGCUGGAGGCUGAUAUAAUCGACGAUGAAUAUUUGUUCCAGGAAGAAAUAUUAACGGAUCAAGAAAAGACAGAAAGGGCGCACAAAAAGCAAUUGCUUCAAUUAGCUAAGGAACAUGAAAAAGCUAGGGAGCUUGAAAGGGUGCAGCGUUAUCAUAUGCCUUUGGAGAAAGGAAAAUUGGAACCAGAACCAGAAGUUCACGACAAUGAACCACCGCAAUCUGAACAAAGCAAAUGGGAAUCCGAUCAGAUGUCUUCUGCUGUUUUUCGGUUUGGUGCUAAAGACAGAAAAGCGCAACAAGAUUAUGAUCUAUUAUUAGAAGAUGAAGUGGAAUUUGUUCAGGCAUUACGUAUGCCUGGCAGUGAGAAAGACAGGAGGCGCGAAGAGAGUCCACCCCCACAAGUGAAGGCGUUGCAAACUAUACAAGAGACCAAAAAGAGUUUACCUAUUUAUCCUUUUAGAAACGAUCUCAUUCAAGCCAUCAAAGACCAUCAGGUCUUAAUAAUCGAGGGAGAAACAGGUUCUGGAAAAACCACGCAAAUUCCACAAUACUUGUACGAGUCCGGAUUCGCGGAGAAUAAUAAGAUUAUUGGCUGCACGCAACCACGAAGAGUAGCAGCAAUGUCCGUUGCGGCGAGGGUUGCUCACGAAAUGGCUGUAAAAUUAGGCAACGAAGUAGGUUACGCGAUUCGUUUCGAGGAUUGUACUUCUCAUCGUACUCGUAUAAAAUAUAUGACCGAUGGUACUCUUCAUCGCGAAUUUCUCAGCGAACCGGACUUGGCUUCUUACAGUGUUAUGAUCAUCGACGAGGCUCACGAGCGUACCUUGCACACGGAUAUUUUGUUCGGCUUGGUAAAGGAUAUAACGAGGUUCCGAACAGACCUGAAAUUACUAAUUUCUUCCGCCACGUUAGAUGCUACAAAGUUCAGUGAAUUCUUUGACGAUGCCCCAAUAUUUCGGAUACCUGGUCGACGUUUCCCCGUCGAUAUUUAUUACACCAAAGCACCGGAAGCUGAUUACAUCGAUGCUUGUGUUGUCUCCAUUCUUCAAAUACAUGCUACUCAACCACCUGGCGAUAUAUUGGUUUUCUUAACAGGUCAAGACGAAAUCGAAACUUGCCAGGAAAUGUUGCAAGAGAGAGUAAGACGACUAGGUUCAAAAUUAGGGGAACUCUUAAUUCUACCUGUUUACGCUAAUCUUCCGAGCGACAUGCAGGCAAAGAUAUUUCAACCCACGCCGCCUGGCGCGAGAAAGGUAGUUCUCGCCACGAAUAUAGCAGAAACGUCGUUAACGAUAGACAACAUAGUGUACGUGAUAGAUCCUGGAUUUGCGAAGCAGAACAAUUUUAAUUCCCGAACAGGUAUGGAGAGUUUAAUGGUUGUACCAAUUAGUAAAGCUUCUGCUAAUCAGAGAGCUGGUAGGGCCGGAAGGGUGGCUCCAGGAAAAUGCUUUCGACUGUACACAGCGUGGGCCUAUCAACACGAACUCGAGGACAAUACUGUUCCUGAAAUUCAGAGGAUUAAUCUCGGAAACGCCGUGCUGACUCUGAAAGCAUUAGGAAUAAAUGAUCUGGUCCAUUUCGAUUUUCUCGACCCUCCACCCCACGAAACUUUAGUUCUAGCCUUGGAACAAUUGUAUGCUUUGGGUGCUUUGAAUCAUCGCGGAGAAUUGACGAAACUUGGUCGAAGAAUGGCCGAAUUCCCUUUGGAUCCCAUGAUGGCAAAGAUGUUGCUGGCCAGCGAGCAAUAUCGCUGCUCAGAGGAAGUAGCUACGAUCGCUGCCAUGUUAUCGGUGAACGGGGCCAUUUUUUACAGACCUAAAGAUAAGAUUAUCCACGCAGACACAGCUCGAAAGAAUUUUCAUGUUCCUGGUGGCGAUCAUCUGACUUUGCUGAAUGUGUACAAUCAAUGGCAACAGAGCGACUUUAGUACUCAUUGGUGUUACGAGAAUUUCAUUCAGCAUCGGUCAAUGAAAAGGGCCAGAGAUGUCAGGGAGCAAUUAGUUGGAUUGAUGCAACGAGUUGAGAUGGAACUCGUAUCGGGUAUCACGGAAACUGUGAACAUUAGGAAAGCUAUCACAGCAGGGUAUUUCUAUCACGUGGCGAGGCUCUCAAAAGGUGGACACUACAAAACAGCAAAACAUAAUCAGACAGUCUCCAUUCAUCCUAAUAGCUCGUUGUUUCAAGAACUACCUCGUUGGCUGUUGUAUCACGAGUUGGUCUUCACUACAAAAGAAUUUAUGAGACAGGUAACAGAGAUCGAGAGUAAAUGGCUUUUGGAGGUAGCCCCUCAUUAUUACAAACCAAAAGAACUGGAAGAUUCUACGAAUAAAAAAAUGCCCAAAGUCGCAGGAAGAUCGAGACCAGAUGGAACCAACUAA